AUGGGUUCUGCUGGAAGGGACAGACGAGUUCGAUCACAGCCCAAGAAUCGAGCCAGGAAAAGUCGUCAGCCUGGAGCUCGAGAUGAAGACUCACCUGUCGAAGCUACAGAAGCCAAGACGAAGCCUCAAAAGCGACCAGCAAGUGCCCUUCAGGAACAUUUUGAAUCUCGCCAAGUUUCUUCUUCAUCAUUGCCAUCUCGACCCUACACAGAUCCGGGACAAGAAAGUCCAGAAAGAAAAAGAGGUCGGCAAGCCAAUUUGUCACGUUCAUCCUUGUGGACUCGUUUCUCUUUGGACGGAAUCCUUUGUUCAAAGCCAGCAGAACUGCUGGAAAUGUGCGUGGACUUGGGUUUGCUGCAUGAUGGCCGACUUGAUCCAUGUGAGUGGUGCGAAAGCACAAAUUGGCGAUUUGAAACCAAGGGUGACCAUGCUUCUUACAGAUGCAAGACAAAAGAUUGCAGAUGCUCCAAAUCUGCAUUGACACAUGACCAGGACCUCUUCAAUAAGAAGUUAGCCCUGCGGUCGUUAAUUGGUGCCCUUUGGCUUUUCUUAUCACCGAUCAAUCUCAGCCCAGAUCAAGCCGGUGUCAUACUUGGUGUGGAUCAUCGCACUGUUCGGGAGCUGUUUCGCAACUUUCGCAAGUGGCUUUCACCCAUCAUCGACAGGAUGAACGAAGAGCUCAUUCUUGGAGGAGCUGGCAUGGACGUCGAGUUGGACGAGAUCAGCUUCAGAAGCAAGGCCCUGGAUGACAAGGUUUUGUGGCUCCGGUACAUUGCCAUCGUUCGCAGAGGAAGCGCCAAGGUUUUCAUCCACAAGCUUCCAGACAAAUUGACUGCGUCCGGACAAGGUGGAGGGGGCCCUUUGACAAUCCAGGAGCUGAAGGAGACGAUCGUGAACUCCGCGGGAGCCAGCCGAAUUGCCAUUGGCAGUGUCUGUCACACUGACAGCGCAAAGGCAUACAAGAAGCUGGAUUCUGAAGAGCCGUUGCCUUGCUUGUACAAUGGAGCUUUGGGCGGCCCUUCUUUUGCUCACUUGAAGCUGGCGCACAGCAAUGUUCGACACAAGCCGCCCCAUCCAGAGUUCACUCGCAGGUUCAAGCUCAAGAUCUUUGACGGUCGACAGUGGGUGGAAGAGAUCAGGGUUGGAGGCACCCAAAAGUUGGAUGGCUUCUUUGCUUCCUUCCGAAGGGAGGUAGGCAAGCGCCCUGUCAACACCACUGGGCCUACUCCUGAGACGGCUGAGGCCAUGGAGACACAGCUUCAUGAGCGAGUGCGUGUUUUCCAGUUUUUGCAUUGGUUUUCGUUUACAGAUGCUUUUCAAGUCUUUGCGGAAAUGCGCAAGCUUGAGCGUGCUUCUGUUGGCUCGGUAACGUGGGCAAGCUUGGACAGUUUUGGAAAGGGAAAGGCAAAGCCUUCCACUGCUUCUACUAGUGCGCUUGCUGAAGCGAAAUCUGUAGAGGAGGUUCCUUCUGUUCUGGUGCCUUCUGCGUGUGAAGAAUCGCCUCAGCCGCUUUUGCCUGUGUUUUCGGAAGGCGAGGAUGUUCAGAGUGAGCUCUUCGAUCCCGAAGAAGAGGAGCCUAUGUUUGACAGCAAAGGGAUCAGAGUGUUGAACUAG